CGGGCCGGUGUGUUGACGCGUGCGCACGUUUAACGAGCGCGAGUGUUGUGAUCACGUUGUAGUGUUGUGAAUCGUGUUGCAUAUCCAGGAUAUAUUCAGGUGAUUUACGUGUUUAAUCAAUUAUUAUUAGGUGCAAUAUAGCUGGUGGGAAGUGAUUGGAAUUUCUUGUAUCAAAUAUUUUUUCACAUACAACAGCUACGAGGCAUCUGAAGAAUUUACCUAAGAUGAAGCCGUAGAAGGAAGCGUAGUAUGGGCCAGGCAGGCAGCCAGCCGGGCGCGGAUCAGCGCGCCCGACGAGCCCACACGCUGCCUCAUGAGCCACUGCGACACGCACCGAAGGUAUUACCGGUACUUACGGAGUCACCACGAUUGCGGAGCACGGACAAUGGAGCUAUUUUGCAUUCGGGUGGGACCAUCAGUGGACGUAGACCUGGGUCGCUGCUGCAAGAGAGCUCCAGAUUACCACACGGCCAUGUGCAUUCGAAUGUGUACAGAUCAAGGUCUGCGGGAGGUUCCGGUGAGAGUGAUAUCAGAUCGAGAGAAAGAGAUCCUCUACAUCGAUCUCAUACAAAUCUCGACCUUAGGCAUAAUGAAGCGAAUAAUUUGAGUAAACGAUUCGGGUCUGAGCCAGACCUUAGAAUAGAAGAAGAGCAACAGAAACCUAGGUGUAAUAAUAAUAAAAAUUUUCGUAAAAAAUAUCGAGCACCCCCACCACCGAGCAACGAUUAUCGAGAAGGUUCUUCGCCAGAUUCCAGCGCAGGGAACGCGAAAAUCGAACCACAAAGAAAACUUAGGUUAUUCAGAACUAGAAACGAGACCAAAAAACUUAAUGGCCACAUUGAUUCAAAGAUCCCAGUAUAUAAAAAUACUUAUACUGACUUCAAAUCUUUAGACUUUAACGACCACUUUGAAAGAAGGUAUAAAUCACCUUUUAAAGACAAAGAGCCGUGUUUCAGUUAUGCGGAUAAUAAAGACAUGGUCCAAAGCACGACUUCACUUAAAAAAGAGGAACGAUUACUUCAAACGAAACAAGACUAUAGAAAAACAAGGACAGACAGAAUAAGUGGAUGUAGAGCAAAAACUUCGAAGACUAGCGAACAAAGUGAAGCGUGGAAAACGCCUCUUUUGAACAGAAACUUCAGACAUUCUGAAAGAUUCAAAAAGGAUAAUAAUGAACAACCUUUGUUAAGAAGAGAGAAGACUUUCGAUGAAACUCUUACAAUUAGUGAAAGAGAAAACGAGUCACCUAGAGCUUUACACGAAAAAAAAAUUAAAGCUAUAGGCGAAGAAUUAAGUAACAAACUAAGCCCGUUGGGCCAAAGAAACCAGCCUUUGAGGAAAUCUCUUCCUUCAUUACUAAGUAAAGGUAACGAAGAAAAAGAUGAGUUUCAAGAAGAACUAAAGAAGGCGACCAGUAGGAUAAGAAAAGAGUUAGGAAGUAAAUUAACUGUAAGCGAUAAUAAACCUAGUCAAAACGAUAAAACGAGUACGCAGAAACCAAACCCAACGAAAUCGGUAACACAGAGCAAAGUCACAGAAUCUAGUCUUAAAUCAUCAACUAAUAAACAAGAUUCUAAACCCGCCAUUAAUAAUAUCAAUAGAAGGCCAUUAAGUCGAAUAAAUGAAGCUAAACCUAAAGCGACGCCGCAAAACAAAAUCAACAAGAUAAACGAAGUCAGUAAAUAUAAAUUUGAAAGUAAAGAAAAUAUGAGUACAAUGCCAGAUAGGGGGCAAGCGUCAGGGAAGGAAUCAACUCCUGAACAUUCACCUACAAGAAAGAGAGAGAACACAAAUAUUGUCGUUCAAGAAAAACAAAGGCCAGCACCAUCCAAGCAAUUUUAUUUUGGCAUGAUUGAGAGUAAAAAAAUGGAACCUCAAGAUCACUUAAAAGACUUCCCUGGUCUUGGAAGUCCAAUUAUUGAAGAAUUAAGUAAUUUCCAUCUAAUAGAGAAGAAGCUUUUUGGAUACCACGAAGAAGAUGAGAUGGAGAAAUUCAACGAAAAACUCAAAGAAGAUUGUAAAAGAAAUUUAUCAUCAGAAUCAGCUCUAUCAUCCGACGGGUCAGAAGGAGAAGGAUCAGACGGUUCUCUGGGCAUUGCAUUAAGGUUACGACCGACCUUGCCUAAGAAACUACCCAACACAUCGCGUUUCUCUCCAGCGGCUGCUUGGAGACAGCUUGCAAGCCUGGAUGCACAUCUUGCCGAAAGCCAACCAUUAGCCGUAGAAACAAAGAUGUCAGCCGACGUAUCAGCAGAGUCAUCUCCUAGAUCAGAGCAAUCAGCCGAUAAAUCUGGUGACUCGGGAAUAUCUGGAGACCACGGUCAUAGCGAUCAUAGGAUAGACUCGCCCAGACAUGCAGUCGAUCAAGCAGCAACCUGGACGCCUCAGCAGGACCUGGGCGACAGCAGCUCGGACGGCGCGGGACAGGAGCUGCCCGCCGUCACGUACAGCCCCGCACAGACCUUCAGCCUCAGCCUGCCGCGGGACCAGGACAAAUUUAAAGGAGUUUCGUGCUUCUACGAAUGCUUCCAGGGCAAACCGCUGCAGCAAGGCUUCAACAGUCUCCAGAAACUUCGGAAAUCUGUGUCAGGUGCACUAGGAGCCGCGUUGGGGGCUAGGAGAUUCGAUCUGGAACACGAGCCUAUGUUAGAAGAACCAGAACAAAAUUGGUUCCUAACAAAAUCCGCCCCAAAUUCUUUAAGCAACCCAUUGCUAUACCACCAACCGCUUAGGACUAAAAUUUCUGAGGAUAACGGAAAAGAAGAACCUGCUUUGUCUUCUGAAAAGGGUCAAGAAGAAGGAAACAGAUGGCGAAACAGUUCCUACAUGAAUUGGGGCGGACAUGUUAUGUAUCUGCCACCGGCGCCUGGGCUCGACCAGCCACUGUCGUUGCCGAACACGGAGAGGCCUAUUAGGAGCAAGUCGAGCGGCUGCCUCGAGGCAUCGGCACGGGCGGCGCGCGCGGCGCUGGCGGGGGAGAUGCGCGAGCGAGAGCGCUCCGCCUCGCCCGACGUCGCGCGAGCCUUGCCCGCCCGAGUGGAACCGGCGGUCGCGCGUAACGCAAACGCUGGCAGAGGCAAGCGAUUCACAUUCCAGUCGACUGUCAGACAACUAGAGAGGCGACGUCUGGCUGAGAAGUUGUCUCGCGAGGCAGACCUUAAAGAGCAACAGAGACGAACAGAGCUGGAGGCCAUGAGGAGAGUGGAAGAAGAGUUCCAGCGAAAGAGGGCGAGAGAAAAGGCGAAUAUUCGUCAGCAGCUGCGAUUGGUCAGUAGUGGAGCUAACAGCCUACCAGUUGCCGCCCAUCAAAAUAAGACGAGAGAUGAGCCAGAUGGGUCGUGUCGCGAAUCACCAGCUCCCGAGCGAGCGCGCGACGGCAAACAGAGGCACAGCAACGCGUCCUCUGAGGGCAGCGGGAGGAGUAAAAGUUCAACACCGAUUCGUUGCGUGGAGCUGUCGGAGUGGCGCACAGAGAACGGCACGCGCGUGUACCGCGACUGGGCCGUGCAGGCCGCGCUCGCGCACGCACACCCGCCCGCCUGCGCGCGCAUGCCCUCCGCGCACCACUACACCGGCGGCGAGGGCGAGGCGUUCAGCGGCAGCCCGCGCUCCGACAACUACCGGCUGGAGUUCGCCCGCGGGCGCUCCCCGCGCACUCCGCGCGCGCCGCGCCUGCUGGCCGCGCGCUCGCCCGCCUCCUCCUCGUCCGGCUCCGACCUGUCGCUGCGCCAGCCCAUCAAGAUCAGAGAACCCACUAAAGAAGAAGAUGCAGAGGAACCCGCCAUUGUACCCACUCUCCGGCCGUCGGGCCCCGCACGCUCCGCUGUCGCCAUUCGCUAACCAACAGCCUAGCAGAGCGGAUGUAUCUCUCAUAUGAACAAAAAAUAUCAAAUUGUUUAAAAAUAGGACAAGAAUGACAUUUGACUUUGGACCUCUCAGACAAUAAUAAUACUUAGUGGCUUUUUUAAAUUAUGUCACCAUUUAGUUUAUCACUCGAAUAUAAUGUAAAUGUAUCGUAAAUAUUAGACUUCUAGGUUAUGAUCGACAAUGCAAUAACCGUCUUCCGUUUAUAAGCGAAAUAUUGAAGCUUUAAUCUAGACUUAACUGUAUUCUUACUAACUUCUAGAAAUAAGGAAGGUGCUAAGUAAAUUUAAAUUAUUCGCUAAGUACUGUAUAUUUUCUGUCAUUUUAUGCAAUAUAUAGAAGUAUAGAGAAUAUUCAAAUAUAUCGUUGCCCAAUAGAGAAGAAACAAGUCAUCGUGAACACAAAUAACCUGGGCGCAGUAUAAAGUGGGUUAACAGCACCGAGCUACGCCUAAUGAUCGGUCACAUCGAUUUCCACUUUUGUAUGUGAACACACCUUUAAAUUGAUAGAAACGAGACCUGUCAAACAUACAUCAAUAAUGGAAUAUAAUGAAUUAGGCCUCGUACUGUAUUAAAUGAAAUAUUGGUACUAUUGGAAGUGCUAGAACCAUUUUAUUCUGUGUGUAAUGUCAAAACUAUUAAAAAAAAUGAUGAUAGGUUGUCUAUUUUAGAGAGAUGAACAUUAAUUUAAAAAAAAAUAGCAAUACCAAAUCACAUUACAUGUUGGUUUCAGAUAUAGUUGCAUUAUUUCUAUCAAAUAAUUCUUUGAUGCAAUAUUUGUACAAUAAAAGCAAUAUUUUGUCCAUAUUUAAUCCAUUUACCACUCUUAAACUGGCCAUAUCAUUCAGUGCUGCCUGUUAAAAGUAAUAUUAAAAAUAAAAUAUAUUAUCGUGUAAUGCUCAAUUUAAAUUUAAUUAUUUCUGUAAUGAUUUUUAUAUACAUAAAUAAUACAAAAUUAAUAUAUUAUAUACAUAUGAUUUUAACAAGUGACGAGCAUAAGCAUUAGAUAGACUUUAGUUACAAAAAAUGAGAACAAUUAUAAAAAUAUAUUGGGAUUUCUAAAUAAUAAUAAUAAUAAUGUUCAAUUUGACGUGUGAUUUAUGCCAGUUACACGAAUCAAUUAAGUAUAAUUAAUUUUAUUUGUGUUAAAGCACAGAUAAAAUAAAACAGCCUCAUCUAAUGUGGGUGCUCGUAUUAACAGAUAAUAAAAAUAUUGAAUAAGUAUUAUUUUAAUAUAUUAAUCAUUAGGUACUAAAAUUAAUGGAACGCUAUAUUCAUUAAUAUUAAGUUUUGUAAAUAAACACGAAUGGUGCAUGUAAAUUU